CCCGGCGUGUCUUGUGCUUCGUGACCUAGAUCUGAGAAUAGAGGAUACAAACUCGGAUCUUGCUCUUCUUGACCGAAGUGAGCGCUGCCGUCCUCCAUUGUGGCGGCUACGAUAACUGGGGAUCGAGAAAGUAUGGAUCUUGGGGAGGGCAUGAACAACUACUGCCAAAACUCAAUCCAAUCAGUCGGCAGAGAUUUUUCUUUCACAGCUCUACUCAAUAUGGUUGCUAAGGACGCCGAGAUGAGCAAGUACCCCGUUGAUCGGAGCUCCCAAUUGAACGAAGAAAUGGUGCUGCGAGGUGGAAAAGACAUUUUAAUAGAAAAGAACAUUAGCGAUAUUGAAACAAGCCUGUCCCAAAAACUGCACACCCACGCAUCAACGAAUGUGGCAGGAGGUGAAAGCCAUUUGAAAGAAACAUCCUCACUCCAAGUUUCAUCUAACUACAGCAGCAUUAGAAGUGACGGCCAAAGUUCAGUUGGAGGAUUAGCCGGUAAUGACAUGGGGGUACAGGAAAAAAACAAAGAAGGUGGGAUGUUCACUCCUCUUUUAGGAAAGAAGCUAUUCCAUGAAGAAAGAGACACAAGUUCAAAGAGAAUAAAGGUAGAAAAGGAUAUUCAUAAUUCGGUCGAGCCCGGGAAAUGUGAACCGUUCAUACUAUCUCAAGAUGAUAUAACUGCUAUCAUAGAGACUGGUUCAGGGAUUGCAAUGUGCCCAAGUGAUAAAAAGUUGAAGGACUGCAUGUUUAGCAAACUUAAAUGCAAGCAAAGAGGGUUUGCUCCACAUCCGUGGAUGACUGGGGCGCGGAAGAAGCGUGUGACAAUACGUGUUACAAAUGACCUCUAUGACUGGCUUGUGAAUAACAAUGCAUCUACUCUUCGGAGGAACUGGAUUGUGCAUGCUCUGCCGAAGUACAUAGAACUAGAUGGCUAUGAACUUAAGGAUAUAUUCAUAAAGAGAAAAGGGUUCACUCCAGAAGCAUUUGAUAUAGCUCUUAGGAGAACAAUCCAACUGGAUAGUUCAAUGUAUGGCUCCGGAAAGAAACUUUGUUGGAGGCAUAUCAUGGAAUCAGAUUUCGCGAUGCUAGUUCUAGGAAGCAACGAUCCGCUGGAAUGCAUAUCAAUUAUAUACCAAUUCACUAUGCUGUUCAAUGAAUAUGAUAUAUCUGAAUGUAGAAUGAUCAUCAUUCCUGCUUUUGUUGAAAUGAAUUGGUAUGCUUACUACUGGGACAUGGAAGAACUCAGAAUACAUGUUCUAGAUCCAAUGUAUGCAAUGCCCAGAGAUCAAAGAUUAGAAGAUAUACACAAAGUGAACAUUGGGAAAAUCCAGGAUUGUCUAGAAAAAGUUGUGGACUUGCUGUUCGAAGGUUGGAGAGUCAGAUGGUCUGAUUUCAGGGCUAACUUUGUGGAACCAAUAAUAUCUGGUUCACCGAGUGGAGGCGAGGGGGGAAGCGCUUGCACGCCGACGACCAAAGGGGUGGAAGGGCUCCUGGCCGGCCGUGGAGGCGAGGAAGAGCCCAGCCACGUCGUCGACUCCGCUUCUGCCUGCUGGAGAUCUUAUCCUGGCUACCUCUGGUGUCGGGGGAGCACACCCAAGCUGCUCCUCUUGGCCGGCCAUGGCGGCGAGGGAGAGGACAGCGAUGGUGCUGCUGCUACCAUGCACUGGUGGUGGUGCCUCUUCUUCUCGAGAGCUGCGGAUGCUUCAACAAUCCCGCCGUUGAGGCGGCGUUCAUCCUGGGAAGUUAUUCAGCGGGGACCAUCGCCGGCGUCACCGCCCUGCCCCUGCAUCUUCUGGCCGAUUGGCGGCCCUUCACCGGGUGUUCUUACUUCCCAGAGACCAAGAAGUCUGAGGGGAAGCUCAAUCGCUCCUGCCACGAUGCUGGGCCAAGUGGUUCGUCCCCGGCGCCGGUGUCAGUUCGGUGGCGGAGCAACUCGACGGCGUGCUCCAGAUGUGGUGAAGAGCUCAGAGGACCUGAUUGCUUUUUCAGAUUUUCUUUUAGGGUCUUCUCUGUAA